AUGGCACAUGACCGUUACAUUGCCAUUUGCAAACCACUACAAUAUGAAGCAAUUAUGAACAAAGGAGCCUGCAUUCAGAUGGCAGCCAGUGUGUGGAUUAUCAGUAUCCUCUAUUCUGUGUUACACACUGCUAGCACAUUUUCAAUAACCUUCUGUUCCAGUAAGGUUGAUCAAUUCUUCUGUGAAGUCCACAAACUCCUAAAACUGUCUUGCUCUAACUUGUAUCUAUUUGAAGCUGGACUUAUUCUGUUUAGUUUUAUCACAGCAUUUGGAUGCUUUGUCUUUAUUAUUACGACUUAUGUGUGGAUCUUCACUGCAGUCCUCAAAAUCCCUUCUGUACAGGGACGGCAAAAGGCUCUCUCCACCUGCCUCCCACACCUUGUUGUUGUCUCUUUUUUUAUAUUCACUUUAUUCUUUGUUUAUGCAAGACCUCCCCAUAAUAGCUCAUCAGAUCUAGAUCUAGUUUUUGCUGUGAUAUAUACUAUUCUUCCUCCUAUGCUGAAUCCUUUCAUCUAUAGCAUGAGAAACAAAGAGAUUCAGACGGCACUGAGGAAGCUACUGAAUCUUAGGCACUUUUCUGACACUCUUCCCAGAUUUGUUCUGAGAUAUUUGAGAUUUCCCUCUAUAGCUCUGCCCAGGAGUUGA